AUGGAGACCCUUCAACCCCGCCCACUGGUGGUUUUGAAAAAGACAGCCUCAUCGACGAGUCUGGCUUCCAAAGAAGACACUACUGACUCAGCACGCUUUUCCAGGAAGUUCGGAAAGCACAUCCAGAAACGGCAGCUGGAAAUUCCAGAAUACGCCGCCAGCUUUGUCGACUACAAAGCACUCAAGAAGCUCAUCAAGAAACUUAGCGCUACACCAGUGAUACCUCCACAGAGCGAGGGUUUUCAACAUGAAUCUCUGGAUCCGCAAUCGUCUUUGCAGGCAAACAAGGCCACUUUCUUCUUCCGAGUGGAACGUGAGCUCGAAAAGGUCAACACGUUUUACCUACAGAAAGAGGCAGAGGUAUGUUCAACUCGUUGUGUGUGGGGUGUUCAGCGCUCACCUCUGUCGCAGUUGCGUCUGCGCUUGACCACGCUUCUCGAUAAGAAGAGAGUCAUGCAACAACACCCGCAGUCUGUCUCCAAGACAUCCUCGCGAUAUGUUGCCCUCGAGGAGGGGCUAAAGCAGUUUAGCAUGGAUCUUAACAAACUUGAGUCAAGGGAAAAGCAGCUUUACCUCGCGCGCGCCGUCGAAGUCCAGCCAUGCUUCAACCGAGAAGUCAUCAGCACGCUGUCCGACCAAGCAACUCAGGCACUCCUUGAUUUCUCAGGAUGGGCUGAAGGCGAAGGAGUACAAGCCCCUCAUCCCACAGCCGAACCGCGCGUCUCCGAACCUGCUUUCGAAGCGAAACUCGAGCUCGACAACCAAUUUGUGCAAGCCAUCAACACCGCCAACCAAGGCAAGAUAGAAGAAUGCCUCGCUCGUCUAUCGACCCUCCCCGAUGCAAGCGACCACAUCUCCAGGGCAUUCCUCAGCACUGUUGCCGAAGCGCCAGAGUCUGCACUGAGGAUUCUGCUCGAUUCGAAACUUGUGAAUCUUCAGCAAGAGGAUGAGAUCAACGAGCGAAAUUGUCUCCAUAAGUCGGCCAUCAGCGGAAGGAUCGAAGUACUCAAACUUGGCCUGUCGAGUAACGUGGAUGUGCACGCGACGGACGUGUACGGCAGGAUACCAUUGCAUUACGCCUGUAUGCAUGGGUACGUGGAGCUGGUGCAGGAACUCAUAAACGCUGCUCCAGAAACAGUAAACUUCCGUGACCAGGACAGCUUCACGCCCCUCAUACAUGCCAUCGUGCACUCAAAGCUCGCUUGUGUGGAGAUACUCCUUUCGCGAGGUGCUGAUCUUACGCGUCUGGGUCCUGGAGAGCAUGUGCCGCUCAAUCUCGCAUGCCAAUAUGCAUCGCUAGAGAUCCUGGAACUCCUUCUACAAAGGUCAGCAGAGAUGCUUUCGGAUGCGGAAGGGCUGUUCCCUCAACACUUGGUGGCACGAUCGGGCAAGACGCCAGAAGCCUUGCUAAUGCUACGGAAAUACGGCGCCGACCUCGACCAACCAGACAAACUCUAUCAAUGGACGCCACUCUUUCAUGCUGCGAGCGAGGGUCAUGUGGAGUGUCUUAAGACGCUACUUCAAUGUCAAGUCGACGUAGACAUUGUGGAUGAGAAGGGUCUUUCCGCCAUGUACUACGCGACAUGGGAAGGGCAUCUAGAGUGCAUGCAGCUACUUGCUUCUGUUGGACGCGGUGUUGGGCUCAUGACACAGAAACAGGCCUCGCCUCAAAUAUCCUCUCAGCUGUCCAGCUCAAUGCCUACAGCCAUGGAUAUUGAAGGCGAUCCUGACGGCAUUCCCGAGUUCAUCCUACCACCACCGAUCAUACCCUUCCGACGAUACGGCCACAACUUUCUGGACACGAAGACGUUCGUGGUCAUCAAUUUCGAGAAGGUGGGCAAGGAUGCUAUUCGAUUCUAUGACGAAUCGAAGUACCCUGCUGCAAGGCUUACCAUCUCUUCGAAGAGCUCCGAUCUUAUACCACGCAAUAUCCUGCUACCCAUACAGGAUGAGUUCAAGGUGAUCUCUUUCCAGAUCGAGAAUCUCGAUACCUUCUCUAUUGACUUCGACGUAUACCCUACAAUAGGAUCAAAGGUUAUUGCUCGCAGUGUGGCUUCUUCAAAGGUAUUUACGGAGCGUUCGAAAAGCACCGGCCGAUGGCAUCUCGAACUGUUUGACCCAAGGCUACGAGCCAUUGGCAGAGUCACCUUCGAUUUCCAGGUGGUCAAGCCGUUCCACGGAAUUCCGCUUGAGAUUACACACUUUGCAACUUACUGGAAGGCUACUAGUCAACUGGACUCACAGCCGCACACACUCAUCACCGGGUCCAGCCUGUCUGGUGAAUACGUACGCCUGUUCGUCCAACUGACUGCAGAUGGCAUACCGGUGCUACAUCCGAGAUGGAAGGUCAAUCAUCACGGGCUAGAAGUUCCGGUCAACAUCCUUACGUAUGCGCAAUUCGCUGCGAUCGGCGUCGCGCAAACAACCACGGCCGCAGACCAGCUUGCUGCGGAACUCGGCAACAAUGGUUCGAUCAAUAUACCGAAUAUCUAUCAAAUCAUGGCAUCUUCGUUCAUUACGCUGAAAGAUGCCUUGUCGGCACUUCCGGCUCACAUUCAUGUGGAGCUGCACGUUCUCUUCCCAUCCCGGCUUGAAGAAGAACGCCUCAAACUCGGCCCCACGCACGACAUGAACACUUUCGCAGACAAGAUCUUAUCUGUAGUCUUUGAACAUGCACGUCGAUUGAGAGAGCAAGGCGCGGGCGAGAUAGACGGGACACUGAGGAGUGUGCUGUUCAGCUCCUUCAACCAGGACAUAUGCACGGUCAUCAACUGGAAGCAGCCCAACUGUGAGUUCAAUCAUAGAACAAUGAAUGCAACAGAUGCUGACAUUGAGACAGAUCCAGUUCUCCUCUGCAACGAGCUCGGAGCCGAUACUUCGCAGUCGCCUUCUGGAAAUACAAACAUCAUUCAAAGCAGCGGCCGCACGACAACGUCUGUAAAGGAGGCCGUGCAGAUCGCUAGAGACAACAACUUCAUGGGCCUGAUUUGCAGUUCACGUUUACUGUCACUCGCUCCUGCCCUGAUCGAAUCGAUCAAAACAGCCGGCCUUGUCCUCGUUACGGACAUCACCGAUUCCCCAGCCGAAGACGCCGCCCAACCCGCGAGCCUUCAUGUGGCAAAUCCGCGUCGACAGAACACACCCGACGGAGUCGAUGGCUAUCUCAAGGGCAACGGCGUACUCUGCUUCAACGAAACGGUCGACAUGUAG